AAGGCAGGCAGAGAGAGAAGGAGGCUGGGACAGCAUCUGAGAUCUUGUGAAACCCAGAUACCAAGAAAAAUGUUUCAAAUUGGGGGCCUUAUUGUCUUCUGUGGGCUGCUGGCCCAGACCACAGCCCAGCUUGGCGGUGGCCUGCCAUUGCCAGUGGGCCAGGGGCUGCCAUUGCCCCUGGGGCAGGGCCAGCCCUUGCCCCUGGGCCAAGGCCUGCCCUUAUAUGUGACUCCAGCUCUGCCCUCGAAGCACAAGGACCCUGCUGGAACCCUGACUGGUGCCCUCACCAAUGGCCUGCUCUCAGGGGGUCUGUUGGGCAUUCUGGAAAACCUUCCACUCUUGAACAUCCUGAAGCCCGGAGGAGGCACUUCUGGUGGCCUGCUUGGGGGCCUACUUGGAACACUGAAUUCAGGGAUCUCUCUCCUGAACAUCAUUGACUUGAAGAUCACUAAUCCCCAGCUGCUGGAACUUGGCCUUGUACAGAGCCCUGAUGGCCAUCGCCUCUAUGUCACCAUCCCUCUGGGCCUGAACCUUGAAUUGAAAUUACCCAUGGUCACAAGUCUAUUGGAGCUGAGCCUGAGGCUAAACAUCACUGCAGAAGUCUUAACUAAGAGAGACAACCAGGGGAGGGUCCACCUGGUCCUUGGUGACUGCACCCACUCCCCCGGAAGCCUGCACAUCUACCUGCUUAAAGGAAUUGCUCCUCAGCCCAUUCAAGGCCUUCUAGAUGGCCUCACAGACAUCUUCAAUAAAGUCCUCCCUGAACUGGUGCAAGGCAAGGUGUGCCCUCUGGUCAACGAGGUGCUCAGCCUCUUGGACAUCACACUGGUUCAUGACAUUGUUGACUCAUUGAUCCAUGGGGUACAACUCGUUGUCAAGGUGUAGGCCUCCCAGGAAGGGACCUGACCUCUGCUGAGCUAAGCAUUUCUUGCUCUUGCCCAGAUUCCAGAAGAAUGGCCCAUGCGCUGGGAAAUGACAAAGCUACUUUCUUCCCAAGGAACUUGCUCACCCUCCUUUCUCAUCAGCCAUGAAAACAUCCCAUGGUCCACACCAAAUAAACUCGCUC